GACAGUUUAAUAAUCUACAAUACAAAAAUCUAAAUUAAUUAAAAAACGGCUCCGAACAAUAAAGUUUCUCCACGACCAAAAACAAUUCCCCUCCAUUCAAGCAAUACCAACCAAACAAAUUACAACAACGGCAACUACAACAAACGAUUUUACGAAUAAAAAUGAAAUUCGAAAUAUUGGGCAACUUACACACAAACAAAAUACUAUUGCACUCGAAAAGUCGAACGAGAAAUCUACAAACGUUUUCUAAAUGAGUUAAACGAUUCUGGCGGAAUUCAUUCGAGCAGCUUCAAUCAAUUAACUUGGCUUGGCUUGACUUGGCGUUUCUUAUGUCUGACAGCUUGCCUUGCUUCGGCGCCAUAUUUAAGCUACAAAUCAUCAAAACCAAAAUCCUGAACACCAGUGUGGCAAACUUUAAAGGUAGCUGCGUCUAAAUGAAGUUACAAAUCCGUCACUUUGGUAAAUUGUUUCUGCUGCUGACAGCCUUCUUCGUCGCUAGAAAAUCUGUAAAAGCUCUACUCGUUGUGCUCCUCGUCAUUGCGGGCAAUGUUGUUGUUGCUGUUGUCGAUGCUGUUGAAGGCGAUAUUGAGCGGAAAUUUGAACACAAACAAAAUCGACCCGAAUCACAGCAACAACAGGAGGAGGAACCCAUAACACCACUCUUCGACGGCACAACUCCACACCCAAACACCCCGGAGAGUAUUCCCAUAAAUAAUUCAUUGAACUUAACUUUCAACGCCAACAACUCGUUACAAAUCAAAACUGGCCAAGUGCAAGCGAGUGGAAGUCGUGCAAGUGUAGGUAGCCAAGUGGAAACGCCUUUCGAUGUGACUUUGACAAAUAUCACAGUUAACAAUGUUGUGGACAUGGAAUCACAGACAUCUUCUGCCAAUGCCACUGCAACUAAUGCACCAUUGCCAAGAGUCGAAAUAUCAUCAGCAGCAACAAUGCUUGCCUCAGCACACGUGAUAGAUAUAAUGAAGGAACGACGAAGGCGAUACCACGAUUUGAACAAUGAGUUUGAAUUACCACAAAAGUACAAACGUGCCGGCAGCAGAAGCAGCAGCAGCCGAACAACUAUGAUGCCAAUGACUGACAAGGAAUCAAAAUUACUUUCACCUCAACCACAAUUGCAAGCAUCGUCAUCAUCGGCAUCAUCAUCAUCACUCUUGUCGUCAUAUUCGUUGUCUCCAACAUUAUCACUCUCAUCAGCAUCGACGACAUCUCCAUUGUCAUCGUCGUCGUCGCUAUCAAUGCUAUCUUUAAAGACCCUAUACAAUCAACAGUCCGUGCCGCCACCACCACCAAAAGUAGAAUCACACCACACCAAGGCCAGUUCUCCAUUUCCAUCUAAUCGCAGCCACACGUUGUUGCCAGAGAAAGGAGAAAAGCAACAGCCCCACAACGUUCCAACAAAACGAGCAGUAGCAACACCGACAACAACAACAGCAAGUGAGGACAAUGGACGUGUGGCCAUCCUUGUCCCCUCUCAACUGUUCCACAAAAUGCAAGUGCAACAGGGCUUUUACGAUUUUGUGGAAUUCUUCCAAGUGAACUUGAACAAUGUCAUUGUUGAUUUUAUACCCGAUGAUGAUUUAACAACGUUCAUCAAGUUAUUGGAGCAGCCAAAUUAUACAACGGUGGUAAAGACCCUAAACGCCGGUAUUAAUCUUGAUGAUGAUGACCUUCAUGAAGGAGUUUUUCCCAAAGCCAACAAAGGCACCAACUUGACUUCGAAUCCCCUGGAAGCAAACGAAAACGAAAAUGAAAAACCGAAAGGGAAUAUGAAAAUGAAAGUAUCUGCAAUGAAUGAUAAUGUCAGCACAAGUUCAGAGGAUUUGUUAAGUGAAAGCGAACAAAUCCGGCAGCGACGUUUUAAGAAGCAUCAACAAUCUUUGAAUAUUGGUUACUGCCACAUGGCUAAGGCUCUGCAGCUGGAGUUCAAUAAGACGGUGUUACUUUGGCCCUGUCCGAACAUGAAGGAAUCAAGCAAUUUUCUACCAUCAUACGAGGCAAUUUCCUUUGCCGUUAAAAGUAUUGCGACAAAACUUAAUUGGACACAAGUUGACAUCUAUGUUGGCGAUGAAAAUUGGGCAUUACCAAUGGCCAUAGCUGCCAACAUGCAUAUCCCAUACAAAAUUGAAAUCGGAGAAGAUGAUGUACGUGACCUGCAUGCGGAAGAUCACUUUGGCAAAGCAAUUAUCAUUACGGCACCAAUGAACGAUGACAGCACUCUAAGGCUGCUAAGCCAAUUGGAAUCCUUGGCCCACACCAAGGUGCUGCUCAUUGACAUUGUGGCGACAUCGUUUAAUGCCGAGAAUCGCUUCUACAGAUAUCUGACACGUAUUAAUCCCGAAUCGGCCCUAAUGUCCAAUCUGCUGCUGUUAACCGUGUUGAGUGACAACUAUCGGCAUUUCCUUAAUGUGGCAUUCGAUGACAAUGGCAUUAACUUGGUGCAGAACUUUCGCCAGAAUCGCAAACGCAAGGAAGUCCAGCAAAACGCACAGUCAGCUCCAACGGAUGAUGGCAGCAGAGGCGAUUGGCCCAUUCAUUUGGACAAAUCGGUAACAAAGGUUCUGCAUUUAAGGGAAAACGAAAUUAAUGACACCACAGGCCAAAGUGGCCAUGAAACUCCAGCCGAAGGCAAUAAAACAGCUGCAAAUGCCACUCAUCAUCAUAGCCAUCAUCAUCAUAGCCAUCAUCAUCAUAGCCAGGAUUACAAUGUGAGCGACAAAUUACAGCUGUUGUACGAAUGGCUAUUACCUUGUCCAUACUUGAACAAAUCUCGUCAGGAUUUAAAUGAUAUUUGCCAAAACUAUCAGCAAUGCCUGGACGAUACGGUGGGCUCGCCCUCAAAUGAAAGCCUCAACAACACCGUGGCAGAAUUGUGCCGCCCACACUUCAGGGAAUUUGAUGAACAGCGUUUAAUAGAGAAACUUCGUAGUUUUAUAGAUUUUUUCAACUUUUACGAUUUUCUAAUUGCCAACAUUGUACCAGCCACACCACCACGGCCGGUGAAGGACGCGGCAAGUGACACGGCAAAAAGUUUUGCUAAACCCUUAAUUAACGAAUCGGAACAUGUGCCAAAAUACGACUUCAUUGUACUCGAUGUGGUGCGGAAGGGGGCGACGCUAACAAGUCCUAUAUCCGUUGUGUCAAAAGCCACAGGCAGCAACGGCGGAAGGCAAAAAAGUUUUAAUGCCAAUGCCAACAAUGCCAGCGACACCGCGAAAACCACCACCAACACCAACGCCAGCAACAAUGACAGGAAGCAUUUGAAAACUUUAUCAUCGGCCGCCGACGUCGGUGGUGUCAAUGCAACAAUGCCUGGCGCACGAUCUGCAGCCGCCUUCAAAUGGCGACCCCUGCUGAUACUGGAGCAGCACGAAAUCCACUUGAAGACAUACAUCACCCACUCAAUACGGCCGGGCUACGAUGAUUGGCUUUUGGUUAGCACGGCCCAACUUUGGCAAUGCGGUUCGAUUUGUUGGACGAUUAUUGCCAUCUCAGCCUCGCUGUUGAUGGCAAUAAUCUUGGCGAGUGUGGCUGCCGGUAUUGCCAUGCGAAACUAUUUACUUCGCAAACGUCUAUCCAAAGGACCCAAUAAAAUUGUACUCUCCUCAAAUGAUUUCGUGUUUCCUGUGGACUCGAGAAGGGUCGACGAAGGUAUUGAAGCCAUGCUCUGCUGUUGGCUUCAACAGCUGCAGGAGUUCGGUGGUCCCGAAGUAGAUAAACCAGAUCUAUUAAAGGGUUCCAUUGGUUCACUAAAGAACUUGGGCUUCCUCAUACCCGGCGCAUCGGGACCCACCCAAAUCAAUGGUCUAAAUGGAAAAACCAGCUCAGGAUCGGCCAGUUUGGCCCGGCUCAAUCCAGCCCUCUUGGAUAUGAGAGCACGCUACAAUGGUGAUUUGGUACAGCUCAAAGAAAUCCCCCUCAAUGGCUCGACCGAAUUGAAAUCCAAAGCCAUGGAUCUACUGGUUAUAGCCCAUGGUCUGAGACAUGAAAAUAUAAAUCCUCUCAUCGGCUGGCUAUCGGAUCCCAGCCGCACUGCCAUGGUAUUUGAUUAUUGUUCACGAGGCUCGCUGCAAGAUGUCCUCAUCAUGGAUGAAAUCAAAUUGGAUUGGUCUUUUCGUCUGAGCCUGCUCACCGAUUUGGUGCGUGGCAUGCGUUAUUUGCAUGCCUCACCGUUGCGCGUUCACGGCACAUUAACGUCACGUAAUUGUGUGGUCGAUGCACGUUGGGUACUCAAAAUAACCGAUUAUGGUCUGCCUCAAUUCUAUGAGGCGCAGGGUUUGCAACAGACACCAAGAACAGCCAAGGAGAUGUUGUGGUGUGCCCCCGAACUGUUGCGGGCAAUCAAACCGCAUUCGCAUCACAACCAUCAUCACUCGCGAAUGGUGGCCACCCAGGCGGGUGAUGUCUAUUCGUUUGGCAUUAUUAUGCAGGAGGUUGUGGUGCGGGGUGAACCCUACUGUAUGCUGUCCCUGUCGGCCGAGGAGAUAAUAGCGAAAAUUAAAAAACCGCCACCACUCAUAAGGCCAUCUGUGUCGAAGGGUGCAGCACCGCCGGAAGCAAUAAAUAUUAUGCGUCAGUGUUGGGCCGAACAGCCGGAAAUGCGGCCAGAUUUUAAUUCAGUUUAUGAACGUUUCAAAUUAUUAAAUCAUGGAAGAAAAGUAAAUUUCGUCGAUACAAUGUUUCAAAUGCUCGAAAAAUAUUCCAACAACUUGGAGGAGCUGAUACGGGAGCGCACCGAUCAAUUGGAUAUGGAACGCAAAAAGACUGAACAACUUUUAAACCGAAUGUUGCCAAGUUCCGUGGCUGAGAAAUUAAAAAUGGGGCUGGCUGUUGAACCAGAAGAAUUCUCGGAUGUGACCAUCUACUUCAGUGACAUCGUUGGUUUUACAACGAUAGCUGCCCACUGUACACCAGUCCAGGUGGUGGAUCUGCUCAACGAUCUUUACACGAUUUUUGAUGCCACCAUUAAUGCUUAUAAUGUUUACAAGGUCGAAACAAUUGGUGAUGCCUAUAUGGUUGUGAGUGGCCUUCCCGUGCGAAUACCGGAUCAUGCCGAACAAAUUGCCACCAUGGCCCUGGAUCUGCUGCAUCAAAGUGGGCGAUUCAAUGUGAAACACUUACCCGGAGUUCCUUUGCAACUGAGAAUUGGCCUACAUACGGGACCCUGCUGUGCAGGGGUAGUAGGUUUGACAAUGCCACGAUAUUGUCUGUUUGGUGAUACCGUCAAUACAGCUUCGCGAAUGGAAUCAACAGGAUCCUCUUGGCGCAUCCACAUGUCACAAGAGACUCGUAACCGCUUGGAAGCCCGUGGUGGUUAUAUGAUCGAACCCAGAGGCCUAAUUGAUAUCAAAGGCAAGGGCAUGAUGAAUACAUUUUGGUUGUUAGGCAAAAUAGGGUUUGAUAAGCCCCUGCCAAAUCCCCCACCGAUCGGUUUGGAUGAAUCAUUGAUACGCAACUCCAUUACCCUGAAAGCUCAGGCCAAUAAAUCACGCAAUAGUACAAAUCCCUCGUCCAGCCAAUCGUCCUCCCUGGCGGGAGAAUCCGUCGAAGUAAAAGUAGAAAUAACACCGCCCACAAAUGUGGAAGUCUCAUCGCCCAAUCUACCCAACUCAUAUUCAUUGGAUUCGAAUUCGACCACCACCAUCAGCCCCAACAUGACAUUGUGUCCGGAGUUUCCCAUUAAAACGCCCACAACAUCACCGCAACCGAGAAAAAUCACCGAUUUAGCUACCGAUAAUCUGCUGAAUCCCAACAAUUUCAAUCGUCUACCAUCCUCAACGGCAGGAUCUUCCUCGCGGCUCUACAAGAAGUUGGAAGAAAUGAUGGAUCUGAGUUCACCCUAUAAUCACUACAAAUGUCUCAGUCCAAGCGAGAGCAACCUCACCCAAUUCUAUGACGGCAAAUAUUUAUACGGCGCUGGUGGAGUUGGUCCAGCUGCCGCCAUGCAGAGCAACAGCGGCAAUUUACCAACCCAGGCAAGUCGUUUCGAGAAACCCGGCUCAUCACGUCUGCUGCGACGUCAAUUCAGCCUGGAUCGUGAUGACACGCAUUCCAAGUCCGAACACCACCACCAUCAACAACAUCACCAGUCUUCCUUACAGUCCAACCACACCAUGUCGUUGUCGAACAAGUCUUCAAUGCUCGAGAUUCCUAUACUGCACGAUACCUCAAGAAGUCCCAAGGGGACAAUAAAUCGAGUCCAUAAACAAAAUUCCAAUUCCAUAGCUCAGGAUUUGGAGAAGAUCGAGGAGAUCCCCCUGUCGCCGGCCUCUUCACAACAGCACAGUAGUUUAGACAGCAACAUGAAUCGUAGUCCACCGUCCACAGUGGAUGCCCAAUCGCCGCCGCCACCAUCGCAACAAACAAUGACUGGAAAAUCUCCGAGAAGAAUGACGGGAGGGUACCUUUCAUCUACAUCGCCGCCUACUCUACUAUCGGCACCAACAUCACCGGCCCCUUCGCGUUCAUUAAAUGGUGGUCUACCCUUGCACAACAGUGUCAUCAUGGAAAGUCCCACCACAGAUGCCUCAUCGACGGCAACCACAACGGCUUCGGUUAAUUCCAACACCACAGUUCCCAUUGAAGAUCACAGCAAUAUAAAGAAACCUGAAAUUACUCUCAAUGUUGAGGCAUUACUGAGUAGGUAGGAUACGGUUUAAAUUCUCCCCUGCCAUGGGGGGAAGGACGAUAGUAAGUAAAUGCAAUUCCUCGACGGAAUGAGGUUUUGAAAAUAUUUGAAAGAAAAAUUUAUGGCUGUUAAACGAUCAUAGCGCAACUAAACUAAACCGGAUACAUUUCGGAAUAUUCAUUUCAAUCACGGUUCCAUUAAAUAUAAGUGUGACAUACAUUUUGAGUAGUGUUCCCUCAGAAGAAGAUGGAAACGAAUAACGGCACUCUGUAAAUCAGGGACCUCCAAUAUAUUUAUGGGUUCAAAUUAUAUAUUUUAAAUCAUAGAUCGAGGAAUAUAUUAUUUAUAUUUUUAUUAUUAAUUAUUAUACUGAUUGCAAAAGAAAAUACAUUUAUUAUCAUUCCUUAUUAAUAUUAAACAUUACGACUUAAAUGGAAAUCAGAAAAGCUUUAUUAAAACGGAAGAGUAAGAAGAGAUUCGAUUGGAUAACAAGGCGAUGGUACCUCACGCUGUAGUACAAUGUUUUGUUUCAAUUCGAAAAUUUGUUGAACUAAAAAAAAAUAGAAAAAUGUUAAAAAUAUUUUCAUUGUAAUGUUGUAGUAUGAACGAUGUGUUUGUAAACGAGUCAAUUUAGAUAAAACAAGAUUAAAUAUUUAUUUUAUUUUUAUUGCAACAUUUUUAGCCAUUCUUAUACUGUUUUCUCAAAGCUGUAGAUUGAAAUUACUUUCGGACCCUUUUCAUCGAAUGGAAAAGAUUAAAACGUAUCAAAAGUACAGCUGCCCAGAAAAAACUCAUUCUCAAAAAAUAUAUAUCCUAACCAAGUUUGGGCGCCUAAAACUACUUAUAAAUCAGUUUACUCUUCCAUUCCUAGGUAAACUACACGGUGAGAUAAAAAAAACUGCAACAAAGUCAAACGCCAUAAUUUUUACAUUUUUUUUUUAAUUUUAUCGAAUGAAAGCAACAAAUGUCGGAAAUAGCAUUAAAUUUUAGAAAAAGUUUAGAUAUUUUCGAAUUGGUCACUUUUGGCACGAAUUAUGGCCUUCAAACGGCUAAUGAAACCACCACACGCUGCCCGAAUGUUGCUCUGCGGUACUUUGGUCCAUUCCUGGCGAAGUGCUUGCUUGAGGUGAUCGACACUUUGGUAUUUUUUAGUACCAAACUCGCUUUUCAAAAUACUCCAGACACAAUAGUCCAACGGAUUGGUAUCCGGAGAUUUUGGCGGCCAUUGUGCGCUGGAAAUGAAGCGAGGAACCUCAUUUUUUAACCAUUCUUGGGUGGCGUGCUCAAGGCUUUAAUACACCAGAAAAAUUUCGCACUUAUUCUGAUCCCACGGUGGAUUAAUAGGAGCGGAGAGCGAUCAUCGGCUGUUACGGCCCACAUCAUCACCGUGGCCGACGCUUGAGUUCUGGUGGCCAACCGAAGGUGCACAUUUCAUUGUUUUCUCAUCGGAUAAAACCAAAUCCGGCAGUUCACCACUUUCGGCCAAGCGAAGCAACUCUUUAGCUCUUUUGAGUCUAUUUUCUUUCUGCUGCGGUGUAAGUUCUUGCACUUUUUGGAAUUUCUAUGGAUUUACCCCGAGCUCAUUUUUCAAUAUUUGCCGAAUGGAAUAUUGAGAUAUAUUUAGCUCACGAGCCAUUUUUCGGCCACUGCGAUGCGGGUUUCGAUCAAGUCGCUUCUUUACUUUUCGUACCAUUUCUUCCGAUGUUGUUGUUUCUCUUCCGCCCACUUCCUUGACGUCGGGCUACUCUACCAGUAUCACAAUAACGAGCGAUGGUACGGGACACAAAAGAUCUAUUCACAUUUAAAUGCUGGAAUGCUCAAAUAAUAGCCGCUUGUUUUUUUUUUUUCAGCCAAAUAAAAAGAAAUCACGCUUGAAUUUCAUCACGAAUAACAUUUUUCUGGAAAAUUCUCACACAAAAUUCUUUUGUACGCUUGUAAACAAUGUAAUGAGCUGUCACUGGAAUAAUUUUAACAGCCGUCGGACGAAUGGCUUAGAAAUGACAGCAGUCUGAAGUUGGUUGCGGUUUUUUCAUCUCAACCUGUAAUUUCUGUAAACGGAUAUUUUUCCUAGUGUCAGAAAUUAUUGCUUCCAAUUUGAAAUAGUGCUUCACAAUUUAUAAAUACACAAUAAAUUUAAAAAAAAGUCAAUAGAAUGUUCCCAACCCAGCAUGAGACUGGACUGGACUUCACUUUUUUGACGAGGUGACAUAGGGUAAUUUUGAAAUCCAUAUUCAUGCAAUUCACACAUUUUCAAUUUUUCCUGAAUUUCACAUUAUCUGAGCUCUUGUUCCCUAAAUCAAGCAAAAAUCUCUUUAAAAUACUAGGCAUAGUACAUAACAAAAAUAGAAUACAUCAGCAUACAUACUUACAUAUUUACAAAAGAAAAUAAAAAAACUACAAGAAAAAAAGAGGUGUUAGUUUCCUUUGAUUCACAUGACAAUCGUUAACAAAAACCAAAAAAAAAAAUGAAAACACUCUAAGUAAUAACAAAAUAGAAUAUAAACAAAAGAUAAAUCCAUCCUCAUCCCGGUCAUUCAUUACUAGACUCCUUCCUGAAAUACUCACAUAUAUACACACACACUCUCUCUUAAAACAUAUAUAUAGUCAAUGUUACUUGUUAAGAUUAUAAUUGUUAAGACUAAAUAGUUUCUUUCUAUAUUUGCCCCCUCUUUGUCCUUUGCAUGUAUCCGCAUAGAUAUAUGGAUAUACGCACAAAUUACUUACACAUACACACACACUCGUGUAUAUGUGCAUAUGUAUCUUUGUAAGAUCCCAAGAAAAGGUAUGCCUGUUUUUAAAACUACCAUUAAUAAAAAUAAAAACAUUUAGUUAACAACAAUAUGUGUAUUACAAAAGGAAAAAAAAAAGAAAACUAUAAAAAUAUAUAAAGAUCAAAACCAAAUCUAAAAAAUGAUGAGUUAUUUUGUAUUGACAACAAUAAAAAAACUAUAACUAAAAUCUAACCUUUUUAUAUAUAUUUGAAAUAUAAGCCAAAGAAUUGUUAAACAAAACCAAAUGUUUUCUAUUUACUUAGUUUAUCAAUGACAAAGCCAAAGAAAUCUAGAAAAGCAAAACAUGGUCAAUGAAGGGUCGAUAAUGAGUUGGUUCCAGCAGUAUCAUUAGAUCACCACAUAAGGAUUCCGUUUUAUUUGGGCUCCUUAAAUUAAAAAUAAAAUUUAAAUUAAAUAAAGGCCAGAUAUGUAAACAUGACCCAACAAAGAAAACGACAACUGAUAAAUCAAUUCAUUACUCCCUUCAUUGGCCCAACAACAACCUGCUAAACAUAAACAAACCCACCCAAAUCCAUUUCAAUACUUCAGACCUGUUAACGCAACACAACUACAGCCAAAUCAAAAAUAUUCUAUAGAAGAGAUCAUUAUUCCAAUUUUUAAUGUUAGUAAAAUCAGUCCCUAAAUAAAUAAAAAAUUUAAAACACGUUUAUAACUUGAAUAAAUUCCGUAAAAAUAAAAAAAAAACAUAUAAAACGUUUAGAUUAACAAAGAAAUUAAAGAUGAAAAAUGUAAACCCUAUAUAAAGUGAAAAUUACACAAAAUAAAAACAACAACAACAACACUA